CUCAUGCAUGGAAAUUUAACAUAACCCAACUUUUUUAUGAUUACUUAUCAAAGUUUUUACAUAAACAAAUAAAUAUUAAAAUUUAAAAAUUAAAUAACAUUAUCCAAGUUAAUUUGUGUGUAACAAUAAUAAUACUCUCCUUUGCAAUUCAAUUUUUCAAGGGCCUGUUCAUCUACCCUUCUGAUAAACUGGCAGAAAUGCACUUUAGAAAAGUAACCACUAGGAUAUUAACAAUAAGAAAUUUCAAACAAUUAAAUUCCAAAAUAAAUAAUACCAGAAGGAUAUCAUCAUUAUCCAGUUACAACUUCAGCAAAAUCCAAUCAAAAUAUGUUCCUUAUCCAAGCCAAACUCCUAAUUCAACACCUCAAAAUUAUUAUUCCACCAUAGUAAACGAAGACCUAGUAGAUUCAAACACAUUUGAAAAGGUAUGCGAAGAAACCCUAAACUCCCUAGCAGAAUAUUUUGACGAAUUAGUAGCCACAGAACCAAAACUUGAAAAAGCAGAUGUCAUUUAUGGGGCAGGUGUAUUAAACAUAGACUUGGGAAUACAUGGGACAUAUGUGAUUAACAGACAAUCACCCAAUAGGCAAAUAUGGUUAAGUUCCCCAACGUCUGGCCCGAAACGAUUUGAUUAUGUUGUUAAAGAAGGAUGUUGGAUUUAUAAACAUGAUGGGCAACAUUUGCACAAGUUGUUGGAAAACGAAUUUGAAAAUAUUUUAGGUAGAAAAUUGAAUAUUUCAGAGAAUUGUUUACAUAGUAUAUAAUUUGUACAAAGGUUAAAUAAAUUAAAUAAUUGAUAUCCUAUGUAAUUAUUUAUUACCUAUAUAAUUAUUUACAUUACCUACUGUUAGAAAAUGACACAUUUUGUGAAAAAAAAUUAAUAAAAAAUAAAUGUUUUACUUAUAUUAGCUUUCUAAAAACAAAAAAGGAGAAUUAUGAGAGGGCAGUUACUCUAAAAGCAAGACUUGAACUAAAACUCAAUAUACAUAAGUAGUUGGUUGGAAGUUAAAAAUAAAGGAAAAAAAAAAGAUGUUUUGUUAAAAUACUAUCUUACUUCAAGAGCAGCUACCAAAACAGUGUCAGCCAAACAAUAUACUAAAGUCCUAAAACUUAAAAAUUUAUUUCAUGGUCAAUUAUAGUACAAAGAGUUAAAAAUUAAAAUACAUUUAACAAAAUGUACUAUAAUAAAAAUUAAGACCAUAACAUACACAAUUUCAAUUUGGAUUAAAAAAAGUAUAUACCAAUUGAUUGAAUAAAUUAAAUGUAAUUAUCCAAUUUGUUUUAUCAAGCAGUAUUUUUAUGUGUGACAAAUACGUAUAUUAUUUGAGCGACAUUAUUUUCUAGCAAUAUCCUUAAGUAAUGGAACUCUAAAAAUUCCGAGUUUUGCCUCAAAAGGAACUUGAGUUUUUGUACUCUGCCAACUAAUUGUUCUAACCUUAAUCUUAAUUUACUUAAAAAUCACAAAAAUAUUCUUACAUUAUUAUGAACUAUUGGCUGAGAUCUGGGAAUUCGAAUAAAUCUUGUUCCAAAGGUUUCAUCACCCAACUGCCAAGUUGCGCUUUUUUAAAUGCUUCAUAGAGGGCUUCUCUUG